ACCAACUUCAGGACGCACCUCGCAGAAAAGUGGCCAAAAACACAUGUCCUCUGCGCGCCCUGGCCCUCCUCCGCUCUCACGGCUUUCCCCGAGGAUUUUACCCGGGCCACACCGCGUGACCGGGGAUCCACGGAGUCCCCUUUCCGCCUCUUGGACCUCUCCUUCUCGGCGCUGCGAUCCGGGGACUUGGGCUGCCAUGGAUCGCUGGAUUUAGCUUUCGUUUUGGGGAUUACUCCGUAGGAUUGGUUCCGUUGGAGCGGGUUUGUUUGUCGCACGGCUCACGAAGGUGUCGCGGCGCCACUAAUGAGCCAAAAUGCCCGUAAGAACCAAGUAUAACCUGGUGGACGAUGGGCACGAUCUGAGGAUACCAUUGCACAACGAGGAAGCGUUUCAGCAUGGGAUCAACUUCGAGGCAAAGUACAUCGGGAGUCUGGACGUGGCCCGGCCCAGCAGUCGUGUGGAGAUCGUGGCUGCCAUGAGGAGGAUCAGGUAUGAGUUCAAGGUGAAGAACAUCAAGAAGAAGAAGGUCCACAUCAUGGUGUCCACAGACGGUGUGAAGGUGGCGCUCAGGAAGAAGAAGAAAAAAAAGGAGUGGACGUGGGACGAGAGUAAGAUGAUGGUGAUGCAGGACCCAAUCUACAGAAUCUUCUACGUGUCUCAUGACUCUCAGGACCUGAAGAUCUUCAGCUACAUCGCUCGAGAUGGACAGAGCAACGUGUUCCGCUGUAAUGUCUUCAAGUCCAAGAAGAAGAGCCAGGCCAUGCGCAUUGUGAGGACCGUGGGCCAGGCCUUUGAGGUGUGUCACAAAUUGAGCCUGCAGCACACCCAGCACAGCACCCAGAACAGCACCCAACCAAGCACCCAACCCAGCGGAGAGGGCUCUGAGGAGGGCAGCACGAUACCCGCCAACGAUCGCAAAGCCCCGCCCAUCUCCGAGGCCACGCCUAUCUCCACAGAGGCCCCGCCCACAGAGGAAACUGACAUCGACGCCGUGGAGACCGGUCCUGUCCCGGUGCCGCAGGAGUCCAACCCAGACAGAGGGGUCACUGAUCUGGACGCGACGGAUACGAGUGACCUGCACGUGGACAAGAAUGAGCCCUCGCUCCUGCUCUCCAGUCCCAGGAUGUUGCUCCCUCCGUCAGGCGCAGCACAGCCAGGAACGCCCCUGUCGCCCGGUGCGCCCCUGUCAGUGCACCACCACAUCCAGCUCCUCCAGCAGCAGCUCCAACAGCAGCAGCAGCAGACCCAUGUGGCUGUGGCCCAGGUGCACCUCCUGAGGGACCAGCUGAACGCAGAGGCCACGGCAAGGAUCGAAGCCCAGGCCAGAGUGCACCAACUCCUGCUGCAGAACAGAGACCUCCUCCAGCACAUCUCCGCCCUGGUGCAGCAGAUACAGGAGCUGGAGAGGAGGACAGACCCCCAGAGCUUGGGCUCCCAGGACAGUUUGCUGGAGAUCACCUUCCGUUCCACCUUACCCCCGGUACUGUGUGACCCCUCCACCCCCAAACCAGAGGUGACCACGCCCCCUCUGACUCUGGGACACGCCUUCUCCUCCAACGGGACGUCCGGCAGUCCGCUAGUGGACCAGAGCAUGUUUGAGAAUUCCAGUGCACACAGGCAGAGUCCACAGGUUAGCAGGCCCGCUUCCAGCAAACGCUCCCCAGCUGCAGUGAGCCACAGCCUGGGCAGCAGCGCCUCGGACAUCCCCUCUUCUGGAAGUCAGCAGAGGCUCAAGAACGCCAUCAACCUGGGCAAGGCAAAGAUGACUGACCUGCUGAGGAGGAAGGAGCCCGCCCACAUCGAGGACAUCGGAGUGACUGAGGUCAACAAGAGCGUGGACCUGAGCUGGAGUCUCAGCCAGAGCAGCUCCCUCUCCCCUCUGGACUCAUUCCCACGCCUGGACCCUCCCCCUCCCUCAGGCAAGAAGAGGGUCCCCCGUGCCCUCAAGACCACCCAGGACAUGAUGAUCUCCUCUGUGCCUGUGGUCUCCUCCCCCGAGUCCACUGACUCCGCCUCCUGUCCGCCCACUCCUCACAAGAGCCCGCCCACCCCAGAGAAAAGACCGCCCACUCCUGAGAAAAGACCACCCACUCCUGAGAAAACCACACCCAUCAUCAGCCCGGACAUGCUCGCCGCCAAACAGGAAGAGGCGGGACCAACAGAGAGUGAAGCAGGAAGCACAGCCCCCAUAGACGCAGACUUCACCCACACUCCAGACCUGGAUGAGGCCAGUCGGAUCGUGGAGGCCGCUCUGGAGCUCUCCAUCCCAGACCUCAUCAACAAGGGCCCUCCGGAGGCGUGGCUAAAGGGGGGCGGAGCCGACCCCGCCCUGGGCCCCAGUCAGGAUGUGCCUCUGGGAAACAGCUCCCCCUGUGGGAGAGGCGGGGGGGAGGACGCAGACGCACACAGCAGUCCAGACCUGCUCUCCUUUGAGUGAACGAGAGAGAGUCCAGUGUUCUACCAAAGACGAGAGUCAUGCCAAAAAGAACCUAAAAAUAUGGUCACAUUAUGUCAGUUCAAAAUAUGAAUCUUGAUUUGAGUCAGUUUGAUUAUUUUAGCUGUAUACUAGUCCUUGAUUUUAAAGAUGUACUAUGUAACUUUUCUGCUGAGGGCUGUGCCACUUUCUUGUCUCCAUGAAGAUGAAUGAUAUGGUGCUGCUUGGAAUGUUCCACAGUGUAGCAUUAACUUAUCUUCCUUGUAUUUAGGUCAUUACUUGUGCUUGUAUUGCUGAAAAACAGCUUGAAAAAAGUUUUAAAGAUUGUUUUGUUUUGUUUUUUUACUGUGAGCUCUGCUUGUCACCAUGGAGAUGAUAUUGCAUUGCCUGGAAUGUUCCUCAGUAUGGCAUUCAUUUAUCUAUCUUGCAAUUAGUCAACUGCAGAUGCAUUUAUUACUGUGAAAUACCUAUAAAGUUUUUGAAGUUAAAAACCUUUUACAAGUUUCUUCUUGUCUCCACAGCGACAGUCAAAUGCCAGUCUGUGGAAUAUUUGGCACAGCGACUACAGCUUCAUCAGAAAAGUUACACCGUCUUCCUUUAAAAUUAUUCUGACAAUGUAUGUGUAGUUAUAAGCAAAAUAAUCUGUCAGAUGUUUUGCUAAUUAAAUAGUUUUCUUACUUUACCGAAAGAGAAUGAAGAAUUUAAUCUAUAAAAAUAAAAUCAUUCUUAAACUUUCACAUAAAUUGUAAAAUCUUCUCAAAUCCAGAUGAAUAUUCUGAAUUGAAGUAUGUGACUGAUCUGAGAGAAUAUAACCUCCAGUCCAUUCCCUUAAGUUUCUAUGUAUUUGAACAUGAAACAGUUAUGCAAAAGAAAAAAAAGUGUGAAAUGUAAAACAAAAAUCAUCCAAAUUUGUUCGAAUUCCAAUUCAAAUCGGGUCACAUGGUUUGGACAUGUGACAGACUGAAAGGGACAUGUGGACACCAAAGACUGAAGGGACGCUCGCUGGAAAUAACAUGGUUUAUAUGAGUUUAAUAUUUUAUCAUUUAGUUUAUGAUUUUUAUUUUAAUAUUUCUAUUUCUAUUUUCUAAUCAGCUGUGGCAUUGCUCCAUAUGUUGCCUUAAACUGAAUGUAAUCUUGAUGAUUUUUAUGUCUGUACAGGUGAAGCCUCUAUACACUACAUUAUUUGGACGACUGGUGAUUCCAUAUUUAAAGGUGCACUAUGUAACAUUUUGGUUUGUGGUCCAUCACCUGCUUGUUUCUAUGGAUAUGUUAUUGUUUUGCCUGGAAUGUUCCACAGUUUGACAUUAGACAUCUCUACUUUAUUCAAUUACAAGUGUUUUUAUAGCUCAAAAUACCUAGAAAAAACAGACAUUAUGACUGUGAGCGGGGUCGCUUCUCCACAGAUCUGACCUGUAACUUGGUCUGGUUUGAUCUCCAUGUAGAUAGAAAGGGUUUAAUUCUAUACUGUCAAACUUUUCAGACAAAGCAUCUGCAUGGAGAAAAGUGUUUGAUGGACUCUCCUCCAGAAAAGUUACACAGUGCAGCUUUAAACCUGCCAGACUGAUUCAUUUGAAAUAGUUUAUUUGUUUUGUUUCUUUUGUUGUUUUGUGUUUAAAGGGCCUAGAUUACACAAAAUUGACUCAUGAACUUGAAGUCAUGUUAUGAUGUUGUUUUUUCCUCAAAAACAGAGCUGGACUUGUGUUGUUUCAUUCACACAUGUUUGAGUAAUCCUGGAUUAUGAAGCAGUUUACAUCUCAAAGCUCCUAAAGAUCACAAUGCUCUGUUCCACCUUGUGAUGUCAUCAAGUGGCAGUUUUUAAUUCAACAGCUAAAUUUUUGCCUCAAUUGAACUGCUUUACUCUACAGUACUCUAGAAUAUACAUAAGUUGCUGCCUUUUUAAAAAAUAUUUUAAUUUCAUCAUUUGCUCAUUUGAGAUUCCCACAGAAAGUCUCCAGUUCCUUCUGAGGUUCAACAAAGCUGCAGAAAGUGAAACAGAGUCUGCACACUUACUCUCAAUCUGCAUUUAAUGAAUGACAGUGUUUUGGAUCAGUGGCCACUGCCGUAUAAACUUUCUGCCUGCUGAUUGGUUAACCAAUCUAAAAGUGAGCCACAGGAGAUGUCCACACAACACACUAUAGAACACAACAUACACUGUACAUAACAUGAGCCAUUACCAAAUCCAUUUGUUAUCAUCGGGUUAGUAAAUUACUUCUGAAAUAAAUAGAACAUAUAAUGAUAUAACAUAAGACUAAAACAGUAGAUGCAGCUUAACAAAUUGGCAAUUCCUGGACUGCAAAUUCAAAUGAUUCUAGUAAAGGUGUAUGGACUUUAAAAACACAGUGGAGCACUUCCUGUAUUACCCUGACAUCACAAGGUGGAACAGAGUGUUAAAUGUGAAGGGUUUGUGUGUUAAAUAUGUGUGAAUAAAACAAAACACAACUCCAGGUCUGUUUGUGACGAGAAAAUUACAUUUGAAUAGAUCCAAAAAUUACACACACACACACACACACACACACACACAAAAGGCCCUUUUCUUCUACCAAACUGACUUUUACUCACUACAGGGCGUCUGUCAGUUAGUAUCAUGUUGACAAUAACUAUGCUGCUAGUUUGCCAUUUCAAAACUGCUUCAGUGCUCUCUGUUGCCAGCAGGUGGCAGAAGUUGUAAUUCCAAUGUAGUUUCAGUUUGAAUUCAGUGUCUUUAAGAGAGUGCCUGUGUUGACCUUUUAGUGAAUUUGGAGCAGGGGCUAGAAACAAAAAUCAUAAUUCAUAAAUGUCUAGACGGCAAAUUAUUCUCAUUAACUUUUAUAGCUUUAAUUAUUAUCGUCGCCGUGGCAUUUAACGAAGCAGGCUACAAUUUGUCCUGCUUUACAGCUAAUUGUUGUUGCUAAUUUCUCAAACGCUGCUAUGAAACUUUUGAUAAUAUUAAUUCUAGGUCUUGCUGGUUUUUGCAUGUCAGAUAAUGGAGGAGCAGAGUGCAGAGUGACUUUUAACUUUAAACAAAGGGAAGUGUAACCUGUAUUUCUGGAAAUGAUAAAUGCACAAAUGAGAAGUUUCAUUAGUGGGAUGUACGCUGAUUGUGUUGUGAUAGUGCUCCGAAGGGGGAGUGAGCAAAGGGAGAGCGUCAAAAACAAAAGUGAAACAAACAAAUAUAUAUAUAUUUUGGCAAAUAUAGCAUUCUCAAAACAAUAAAAGGUCACAUCGUGAUCUAAAUAUGUUAUGUGUUAGCAGUUUAUACUCCAUGUUCCCUAACGAGUAUUUAGUUUGACAAUUUCAGAUUUGUUUUUUGACCCUCUGAGGCUGCGGUAGGGUGAGCAAGUUCAACAGAUGUGAACAGAGCUUUUAGUAUUAUUUUCGAAGCACAGAGAGACCAAAGAGGCUGUAUUUUGGCAUUAAGACUGCCAACAGUACUGGAAUGUAGGGCUGCAUAAUUAUGGUCAAAAUGAGUAGAUAUGAGUAAUGUUUGGUGGUUCAUGUUUUUAAAAGAACUCUAUGUAAGAUUUGUAUUUUAAAUGUCAUAAACUCAGAAGUUUAUGUCCCCAGAUACAAGAUAAACAUGUUAAAUCACAUAGAGCUUUUACUCACAAUUAUAACACUGAUUUAUUCUUUAACAUCAAAACUUUGGACAUGAUGGACAAGUUGUUUAUGGUAUCAUUUAAUUCUGGUUCAAGACAAUUGUCCAAUCAGAAAGCAGAAUGAGCUGUCUAUUUGCAGGUUCAGCUCUGGAGACACAGGAUCAGUUUGUUUGUAGUAACUUUUGAAAAAGGUGAGAGCUCAGGAUACAUCCAGCUCCUUUAAAGUCUCUGAUUAAACUGUUUUUUAGAUCCAGAAUGAGCAUCAAUAUGAUUCAGAACAGAAACAGUAUUUCUUAUGGAUCCUGAUUCAAAUGGUUUUCCUGCACAGCCUCAGCAGAACGUUGUCAACAUGAGGAUGUGAUGAGACAGUUGGAUGUGUUAUGGUGGACCAAAGUCUCACUCUUCCCGCUGUCUGUGAGCUCAUGAGGCGACGUGAGGGUGACCUUAAAGCAGAUGUGACAGAUAAACCUCCUAAAGCCUCUGUCCUCAUGCUGAAUGGAACAGUGCGCUCAGUGUCUGCCCACUAGCCGUAAGGUUGCCAGUUGGAUUUUGGACACCCCAGUACAUGUGAUUGUUGUGUCGCUGGGCAAGACAUGCAGUCCACAUAGAACAGUCCAGGUUGUGACAAGAAGGGCAUCAGGAAGUGAGAAGGAUUGGUCAGUAACAGUCUGUUUCUGUUCUUUCAAUUAGGAACGAAAAACAAUAAAAUGGAAAAACAGUUUGUUAUUUCAUUAUUCUGUUUUAGUGUCAAACAACUUAAAAAAAUAAAUAAUUUUGACCUUUAAAGUUUAUUUCAAAUAACACCAAUCAAAAAACAGUCCUUGUGCCUUUUUCAGUUUUGAUAUUUUAUUCUCUCUGGUUUUAUUUGCUCCGGAAUUUCUGCUGCUAAAAGAACUCACCUGAAAAAUCGUUACAGUUUUGUGGACAAACAUCUUGUCUUCUUUUUUAGCGAUGCGUUUACUUUCAUGUAGUCUAAAUCUUUUUUUUUUUUUUGUUUGACACUAAAACCGUUUUUCCAUUUUAUUGUUUUUUAUUGUCAUUUGCUGCAUGAACUUUUUUUCCACACACGUUUUAAGUCAUAAAUUGUCUUAGGCACAAAUGGAAAAAAUGUAUAAAUCCAACACAUUUGAUAACAACGUUCUCUUGCUUGUUUCCAUGGAGAUGUUAUUGCUUUGCCUAGAAUGUUCCACAGUAGAGCAUUAACAUAGCUGACGUAUUAAAUGAGGUGUUUUAUUGGUUUAACACACCUCUCCACAGAUCUGACCUGUAACAUGAGACAUUAUAGACAAAGUGACAACAUUUCCAUGGAGACGAGCUUUUUCACAAGAUAAGCUUAGAUAAGCUUGAUGCCCCGCCCACCACCUCCUCGGAGACUUCCCAUGAUGCCGAGCAAUGCCCUUUUUUGGAGGUCAGGGUCAUGUCCGGUGAAAGAGAGGAAUGUACCAGGAUGUGAGCGCCCUUUGUCUGUGUGUGUGUCUGUGUGUGUGUGUGUCUGUGCGUGUGUGUUUGUGUGUGUGUCUGUGUGUGUGUGUGUCUGUGCGUGUGUGUCUGUGCGUGUGUGUCUGUGUGUGUCUGUGCGUGUGUGUCUGUGUGUGUGUGUGUCUGUGUGUGUGUGUGUGUCUGUGUGUCUGUGUGUGUCUGUGCGUGUGUGUUUGUGUGUCUGUGCGUGUGUGUCUGUGUGUGUGUGUCUGUGUGUGUCUGUGCGUGUGUGUUUGUGUGUGUGUCUGUGUGUGUCUGUGUGUGUGUGUGUGUCUGUGUGUGUCUGUGCGUGUGUGUUUGUGUGUGUG